UGAAUAUCCCAAGCCGCCAUCGGUAUUGCGCGCGCGUUGCUUGACACGAUUGUUAUAUUUUUCGAACGAUUUCCGUCAACAUCUAAUAAAUUUAUUAAAUAGUUUUGAGUGCAGUGAACUGUGUUCUAUUUUUGUAAUUGUUAUCUUUGGAUUUAUGCUGAUUCACGAUUGACAGUGCUCCAUUAUGUCGUUAUCGACAAGUCGCCAACAGUUUCUGGCGUAUGAGUCCCAUAGAGAUGACGACAUUCGCUAUGGAAGGAAGGGAGGAAUAUUUCUUUCAACGUGUGUUUGCAUCGGAUUCAUAAUAUCAGCUGUAUUGAUAGCGAGUCUCGUCGGCAUAAUUGUGUAUUACAUAACAUAUUUCAGGGUAUCACAAAAAUCUGGUGAAUUUUGGGAUGAUGAUGAACCCUUCGGACAAUCUGAAACACAGUCACCAAACCUCCGACUCCCAACCCAUGUGGUACCAAGCUUUUAUAGACUAAAAAUAAAAGCUGACUUAGAAAACUCCUCAUUCACUGGAGACGUCUACAUUACUAUUAAAGCAAAUAAAAAAAUUAACAAAAUCAUCCUCCACUCAAAGAAUCUUACAAUUAAUGAUAAUGUGAUCUUAACUGAACAGAUUUAUGAGAAAGUUGAGACGUUAGCAGCCAAAAAGGUAAAACGAAAUAUACCAAAUAACACUGUAGUUGAAAACAAUAAUGCAACAAACAGUUCAGUUAAAGAGGAUACUACAACAACAGUUACGAAUGAAAUAACGUCUAAUGUAUCAGAGAAGAUAAUAAAUCCGACUUCUGUAGCUCAAGAAAUAACCACUCCAUUACCUGUCGACGCUCAAGUAACACACAGUCAUGUGCGCAACAUCAAUAUCACAUCUGUCACAUUUGAUUCUGGGGAUAGACUUAUUCUAUCCCUGGGGUCACCACUUAUACCUGAUGUGGAUUAUACCUUACAAAUAUCAUUCGCUGGUAACAUCCAGAAUUCGUUGACCGGCUUCUAUAAGAGUUCGUACACAGAAAAUAAUGAAGUCAGGCCACUGGCAGUCACACAGUUUGAACCUACCUCGGCUAGAGCGGCCUUCCCAUGUUUUGAUGAACCAGCCUUUAAAGCUAAAUUUGAGAUUAGCAUUGGACACAAGAAAAAUAUAUCUGUUUUAUCUAAUAUGAAAGUAGCUGCACAAGAAGACAUUGAAGCUGAACCAGGUUGGCAAUGGACACACUUCGAAAGAUCUGUCAAUAUGUCUACAUAUCUCGUUGCCUAUGUUCUGUCAGAUUUCCAGAGUCUGGAAACCAGUUAUGUCAGUAAAGAUAACAUCACAAAAACAAUCCGUGUUUGGACUAGACCAUCUUUCCUAUCCAAAGCAAAGUAUGCAUUGACGAUAACUCCAAAGCUCUUAUCAUACUAUGAAGACUUGUUUGGGUUGCCAUACACUCUGGACAAACUUGAUUUAAUAGCUAUUCCGGACUUCUCUAGUGGAGCGAUGGAAAAUUGGGGACUAAUAACAUUCAGAGAAACAACGCUGCUUUUCGACGAGAAGGAUGGCAUUCCUCGCGAGAAACAAAGUGUGGUCAUUGAUAUCGCUCACGAGCUGGCGCACCAGUGGUUCGGCAACCUGGUCACCAUGCGCUGGUGGACCGACCUCUGGCUCAACGAGGGCUUCGCGACUUACGUCGAGUAUGUGGGUGUUGACCAUGUGGAGCCGUCUUGGGCGAUGCUGGAGUCCUUCAGCCGCGACAAGAUGGAUCUGCUCCGAGGGGACGCUCUAAAGAACACGGCGCCCGUGUCACGCCGUGUAAGAGACGCCAGUGAAAUCGCUCAAAAGUUCGAUGAAAUCUCCUACGCAAAGGGCGCCAGCCUCAUCCGUAUGCUCAACCAUACCCUAUCUGCCGAACUCUUCCGACAGGGCCUACUACGAUACCUUAACCACUGGAAAUACCAAAACGCAGAAGAAAACGAUUUAUGGGAGGCGAUGUCAACAGCCACUAAAUCAGAUCCCAAUUUCAAACAUUUGUCCGUUCCGGAGUUUAUGAACACGUGGACCAGGCAGCCAGGGUACCCUGUUGUUAACGUAUACCGAAAUUAUACCACCGGCUUAGUUACUUUCAAACAGAAAUUAUUCAGAAGCGGUGAAGACGACAAUGGUAAAAGGAAACAACUCUGGCAUAUACCAAUCAGUUACACUAUAAUGGACACUACCGCUAGCAAUUGGAGCACAGCCCCCAAACUGUGGCUUAAAGAAAAAACUGCCUUUGCACAACUACCUUUGAACGCUACACAAGCUUUGUAUGUCAAUGUUGAUGCUAUUGGUUACUAUCGAGUAAACUACGAUCAAGCGAAUUGGGAGCUUUUGAGUUCAGCUCUAAAAACAGAUACAGGACGGAACCCAAUAGCGAAAGCUCAGCUGAUCGAUGAUGCCUUUAAUUUAGCUAAAGUCGGGCAGCUGAACUACAACUAUGCACUCAGCUUAACAACCUGCGUUAUUGAUGGGGAAGAUUCGAAGAUAGUGUGGGAAAUGAUUUUGAAUAACAUGGCCUUCUUGAAACAUAAUCUUGGAGCCACUGCUGGUUACAUUUAUUAUCAGGAUUACAUGAACUUGCUCCUGAAGAAGCAGCUAGAAAAGUUAAACUACGGUCUGAGCCAACCUAAGGACGACAACGAGUCGUUCCUGGUGGAGAACCUCGUGGUGUGGGAGUGCCUCAUGGAGUCGCCGCGCUGUCUGCGCUGGGCGCGCCAGCUGUUCUCCGACUGGACGCAGCGGCCGGACAUGGGGGACAACCCUAUACCAACCUACCUCCGUUCCCUGGUUUACAAUAUGGCGGUAAAGUAUGGUGGGCGACAGGAGUUCGACCUGAUGUGGGACAUGUUCCUGAACGCCACGGACCCGAAUGUCAAGAGCUUGAUCAUUAGCAACCUGCCGAGUGUUAGGGAUGAGGCCUUGCUUACGUUACUCCUGGAGCGAAGUUUGACCGAGCUGCCGGCGCAGGACGCGCCCAGCGCGUGGAGCGUGGAGCGGACCGGCUCGCGGGUGGCGCAGGACUUCCUGCUGCGGAACUUCGAGCGCGUGCAGCGCCGCUUCGCCAGCGUGGACGCCUUCGCGCUGCAGGCCGUGCUCAACGGGGCCUUCGGGUCCGUCACCACGCGCGCCGAGCUCGAGCGCUUAAAAGAAUUCGCUCUUCAACACAAAGAAGAGCUGAAACCGCUAUCUCAAACACUACAGAAGAUAGUUGACACCGCGAAGCUACGCAUCAACUGGAUAGAUGAACACGCGGACGGAAUAAAUGAAUGGUUCAAAAACUUUCUUACAGAUUACGCCAACAAAACAAAAACAACUACAGUAUCACCAGCGAUGACAGAAAACGUCACGAUGACCACAGAAGCAAAUACGAGUACCACGUCUAGUCCUUAAAAUUAUAGAAUAAUAUUUUAGCACCGUCCAACCUUAAAAAAUAGAAGAAAGGAGGUUAUAUAACUUGACGGUAAAAAUCGUUUAAAAAAUUAUAUUUUGUUGUAUAUUAUUGUUACAUAAAUAGGUUUGUAAUAAAACGACUUGUUUAUUCAAAUAUUUAUUUAAUUGAAUAUUAAACACUGUAUUUUUAACGUUGUGAAGAUUCUUAAAACCUAAAAAUAGAUAGUGGAAAAUUUUACGUCAUUGUCGAUAAUUCGCGCCAAAAGACAAGAUGAAAUUUUAAAAUGUAAAGAAAAUUUGUAAUAUAUUUAUUUAUAUUAAAUUAUAUAUUAAUUAUGAUUCUCUUAAAUAAUUAUUCGAAUAUUAAAGAUUUAUUGUGAUUAUAUAUCUUCAUUUGUGUUGGAAUGCAGAUUUUUCGUUUUAAAAGACUAUAAAAGGUGUUCAAAUGUU